ACAUUCUCCAGAGCCUCCAGAACCUCCCGUCUCCUUCUCUUCCGCCAAAAAGCAAACACCUUGCGAUCAAUCUACCCAGGGAAGAAGCAACCCCACCGCCAUGGCCGCCGCCGCACCGCCUCCGCCUCCCUCCGACGUCCCCGGGAUGCCGGAGAUGGCUCCCCCUUCCGUCCGCCGCACGCUCUUCGCCCGCGUCCGCCUCGCCGCGCCCUCCGACGUCCCCCACAUCCACAAGAUGAUCUACCGGAUGGCCGUCUUCGAGCGCCUCGCGGACCAGUGCACCGCCACCGAGGCCUCCCUCUCGUCCACCCUCUUCAACUCCCCUGCCUUCCAGUCCUUCACCGUCCUCCUCCUCGAGGUCUCCCACCUCCCCUUCGCCCCGCUUCCGCCGCCGCCGCAGCAGCAAAACCCCACCGCCGCGCCCGCAUUCGCCCCGAUCGUCAGCACCAUCAACCUCGACCUCCCCAUCGAGGACCCCGAGAACGAGGUCUUCGCUUCCGGGGCCGAGGGGGGCGGCGGCGCCGUGGUAGCGGGGUUCGUCCUGUUCUUCCCGAACUACUCGACGUUCCUGGCGAAGCCGGGGUUCUACAUAGAAGACCUGUUCGUGAGGGAGUGCUACCGGAGGAAGGGCCUGGGGCGGAUGCUGCUGGCUGCGGUGGCGAGGCAGGCGGCGAGGAUGGGGUACGGGAGGGUGGAGUGGGUGGUGCUCGAUUGGAACGUGAAUGCCAUAAAGUUCUACGAGGAGAUGGGGGCGAAGCUUCUGCAGGAGUGGAGGAUUUGCAGGCUGACCGGAGAGGCUCUCUCUGCAUAUGCCAACAUCAAUUACUGAAGAAGAAGAUGACCAAGAAAAAAAGUUUACAUUUUUAACGUGGUGAAAUGAAAUUCCAAGUCGUGGUUUUGUGUUUCUUAGUAGAGGUCUAAUCUGAUCUCUGUUGUUUCGUUGGGGAACUUUGGAAUUUUAACAAAGUGGGUCGACGAGAGUCUGUUGUUUGUGUUGACUUCUGAAAGCAAUGGAAUGAACUCGAAUGUGUCUGUU